GAGAGAGAGAGAGAGAGCACGUGGUUCAUAGUGCCGGCCGGCGUCUGGUUUAGCGUCAGUGCCUCCUCCCCUCCCACUUCUUUCCCUCUCCUCCCCUCCUCCACCUGCUGCCACACCUGGUCUCGCCCUCAGUCACUCGUGGGAGGCCGGCGUCUCUUCCUCUCUCCCUCUCGCUCUCUCUCUCUCCCUCCUUCUCUACCCCUUCUUUUCCUCCGUCAGCCAGCAGUGCGGCGUGCGGCGUGGGGUGAAGAGUGAGCCUGUAGUGCGAUAAAAGAGAAAUGCUCGAACAUCCAAUAGUCGAAUCUAAGGAAAGAAAGAAAAGUUGGACAAGAAAACAAUGAAAAUGUUGUAAAAUAAACAAGAAAAAGCUAAACUAGAAACAUAAGCAAUAUAGAAAUAGGUAAAAAAUGUCCGUGAUACUUGAUAUGUUUAUGCAAGACAAUGAAGAAGAAGAAGAGAAAUGGAUGGAGGAGCAGGCAGGCUUUAUGUGCGAAGAGGUGGAGGUAGUGGGAGAAGAGCGGCAGCGUCACCAGGAGGCUGAAGGCGAUGGCACGGGAAUAAUUUCCAGUAGAGACACCUCUUCCUUUCAACCCAUGGGAGUCUGCGCCAUCCUCCCCCCUCCCAGUCUUCUCAUCUCUGUUGCAAGAGCCCACUAAGCCUCCAUCGACACAACACACCGUCUGCAUGCCAGCCAGCUCUGCUCCUCCUAAUCUAGCUGACGCAUUCUCUCGAGAACUAUUUUCAGAGCUGGACACAAUGGAUUUUUCUCAAGAUGUGUCAGAAUCUAGCAGUGAUGAUGAUCUCAUCCACAAACUCUCCAAUGACCUUGAGCUCCCCUUGGCCCUGGAUGACCUUGAACCAGUACCUCCUUGGCCGUGCCAGCCUGGAGAGGUCUUCCAGAUGUUGCCCUCUGGGAAUGCCUCGUCUUCCUCUUCUUCCUCUUCCUCUUCCCUCUCUUCAUUCCCCUCCACUAGGUCAUCCUCCAUCAAGUGUGAAGUUACAGAUGACUUGACGGCAGAAGAUCUGGCACGUGCCCUCUACCCAAACAUGGUGGCCACCCCUGGAGUAGAAAUGAAUGAAGUGGACAGAGAAAGCACGGUGAAGGAGGAGCCAGCGUCUCCACAACACAUGUUGCAACUGCCGCCUUCUCCUGAUGAGACGCGAGAUAUCUGGGACCUGUUGUGUGGAAGUGAUGUCAAGCCCAGCAUCAAAGUGCUGGACACUCCCCCUGUUACACCCCCUCAGAGUGAGGUCUCUCCACCACACAGCCCUCAGCCUUCCUCUCCAGUUGCCAUGAUAAUGGGACAGGCCAACCAAAAUCAGCUUCAGCAACAACAGCAACAACAAAAGCCCUUGAUGAAUGGCAGUGGUAAUGUUGGCAACCACCUUUCUCAGCCCAUAAAAGUUGUCACCAUCACAACACGUAAUGGAGGAUCUGGUCCAGGUCCCACCAAGGGUGGCCGUGUUACCAAAACUAUGAAGAUACAACCCAAGGUAGUCAGUCCAUCUUCUGCUCAGACACCCCAACCACAGGUCAUCAGCAUUGUAAACUCAUCAUCUGUGCCUAAGCUGACCUUGCCCAAGACAGCUGUGACCCGAACUAUUUCUGGAGGCAACACCAGGAUAGUGCAGGUCAAAGCUCCUCCACCUGCCAACCAGCCUCCUCCAAGCACCACCCCCACCCCUAGCCCUCUUUCCUCCAUUCUUCCACCUCAGGUCAGCACCCCAGCAACAGUAGGAACACCAGCACCUGCAGCCCCACUUGCACCUUUAGCACCAGCUCUCACUCCUGGCUUGAAGCUAUGCAGCAUACCUGAUCUAAAAGCCUUCAAGCGGCAGCAAAGAAUGAUCAAGAACCGAGAAUCAGCAAGUCUGUCCCGCAAAAAGAAAAAAGAAUACCUAAACUCCCUUGAAUUGAAGUUUGCUGAUCUUGAGGGUGAGAACAAAAGGCUGAAAGAGGAAAACCUUCGCCUGCUGCAACGAGUUGCCACUCUAGAGACAGAGUGUGAUUCAUUGCGCCGCUCAGUUGGCCGUGCCUCCAAUCGGAAGACAACCACUGCACUUUUUGCUCUCAUCUUUCUCUUUUCCUUAAAUCUUGGACCCCUUUCGAGCAUCCUACUUGGUGGAAAAUCCAAGCUGGACUCCCUUAAGGGCAUCCUGCCAGGAAGUGAUGAAUUGAGAGUCCCAACUAGCUUCUCCCAGCGGUCUCUCUUGUGGACAAGGGAGGAGACAGCAGAUAAUGAUAGUGGAUCAUCCCACUUAGCUGCAAAUACGUCCCAUACCUGCCCUAUGUACAUUAAUGCUACUGAGAGUCUAAGAUUGGAAACAGAGUUAAGAGACUGGUUCGAGCACAAGUUCAGACCUUCAAAGACUGAUCGCAAGAAAGAUGAUACCACAACUGCUAAUGCUGGUACCUCAUCCAAAGCCAAGAUAAUCAGGAAACAUCUGGCAGGGCGUUUAGGAGGAGCCCUGCAUGGAGUUACAACAAGAAAGGAUAGAGAGUCAACUGUAAAUGAAGUGUGGAAUGCUUUGGCACCCCCUCAUCCACCUCCAGCACACCUUUAUCAUUACAUCCAUCCUGAGGCGCUGCAAGUUGAUACCCAAGCAAGGUCAGAGGAGCAGCGUGCUGUGUUGGCUUCUGCACCACGGCUGUCAUCAUUCUUAGAGGCAAUUCAGCGUCGUGAUGACACCUAUUAUGUGGUCUCCUUUUCCCCGGACCAUCUCCUCGUGCCUGCCACAGCACGAAAUGAUUCAGCACGGCCUCGUAUGUCGCUUUUGAUGCCAACGCCACGCCCAAUGAACGAAUCCCUGGCACCUCCAAGGAAUCAUGUGGCCCUGAUGCAGAUUGAUUGUGAAGUAAUGCAUACACGCCUUGUUCAUGUAGCUGAGGAGUUCAUCCCUCCACAUCUUCGUGCUGGAGGCAGUAAUGCCUCCCAUCCAGCACCACAAGCUCCUCCUGAGGCCCCACAAUCUAGCCAAGCAGAGCCUAAGCGACGGCCCAAAUCCAGGCCAUUCUUGCCCAAUACUGGUCAGCCAAGCCAGUAGCUCAGUGUUGUGCAAAGGCACCGAAACUGAACUUAAAACCCAUGGUAAGGAUUCUUGAGUAGGCAGGCACAUCAGGCAGACUGGUGAGCUGAAUGUACUGUACUGACAGUUUGUCCUUGACUGGUAUUUAAUUUAGGAAAGUAAAUAGUCAAGUUUUGAGAGAGGGUUGGCUAUCAGAGCAACAAUUUAUUGAGAGAUGCACAAUGUUUGAUCAAAGGAUGCAAUUACCUUUGAAGCAAGUACUCUCAAAGACAGAAAUUGGUCUUUAGACCAACAAAAAAUCAAACUGAUGCCUCAGACAUAGCCCACAAAAUACUUUAUAUAUAGAAGAAGGUUGUAUUUAUAUAUACUUUUAAGUACAAUAAGAUGAAAGCUACAAAUUAAUGAGAAAUGUAUGUACCUUCCACAAAUCAACUUUUCCCAGCCAAACUAAGUAGGCGUAAGAAGUGUAACUACUUUUCUUUUUUUACUGGUGAAUCAUUCCAUACAUGCCAUGGAAGUUAUGAGCUGCUUUCCUUUUAGUUUCAUAUUGUGAAUUGGAUCUACAGUUGUUCCUGUAUAUGUAUGUAAGAACUACUCUACAAUUUUAUAUGUUGUGGUACAAGACAGAAGGGAAAGAGGAGGCAUUGAGGGAUGUUAUAUAUGGCACUUUGUGGUGUAAUAUUCAGAAGCAGUGCUUGCAGGGAAGUAAUGUGAUACAAAAUGUGUCAGGACACUGGCACCAAAUAAUGUAGUGUGAUUGUGUGGUUGUAGUGCAGAAAAUGUGGUUCUGUAGAUGGCGCUAGAAAUUAAAAGAAAAUGGUGUUAAAAAUGAAUGUGCUUAAGAAUUUUGUGCAGGUGCUGUUUGGAUGGUACAGGUGAUGUACAGUCUGAACAGUUUCUUAUUCUCAUUGACAAAGAAGUACAAGCUUUCAGUUGUAUUGUUCACUAUUUUAUCGUAGGUACAUGAUGGCAAUUGAAUGUGAUUGUCACAUCUUCAUACAUCACUUGUGUAAAGGAAGAGGGAAGAGUUUUUGCGGUGAUGUAAAUGGAACAUCCACCAGGCUUCUGUUGUUAUUCACUAAAAUGAUGUCUGUCCCAGUAGUUUUGUCACUAGAGGAUACAGAGAUGGUGGUAGUUGUGCUGAUGCUUUCUACCCAAAUUAUUCCCUUUUUUUAAAUGUAUGGAAAUUGAUGUCCUAAUUAUUUAUAUCUAUGUAAUUUGGUAAUUAUAAAUAAGUUUAUAGAAUUUUUGCCAUUACGUAUUGUAAUUGGAUUUUUUUUUUUUAAACAAGAUAGGAAACCGUUAAUGAAGGGAGAGCAUCACCAAGUGAUUGAUCUUUGCACAUUUUCAGGUGACAGAGUUACCAGACAGAAUUGUUCAUUGUUAUUUAUGCAAUCACUAAAAUCUGGUUAGUUAACAUGGAAUUAAUCUGUUAUUUCCAUUUUCUACAAAUUUUAUUUGGCAUUUUUAACCAAUGAGAGAUUUUAUUUUUUCCAUCUUUUGUAUAUAUUCUACAUAUCUAUUUAUUUUUUUUUAUAGAUAUCUUUCUAUAGUACAUAAUAAGGCUGUGAUUUUUUUUUUAAGUUUUCUUAUCCUUGUAAACAAAAAGAAAAUACAAUACAAUAUCAGACUAUUUUAGUGUUCAGAGAUAAUGUAUGUAAUUUUCUUACUCUUUAUCUUCAAAGUCCAAAGAACAUGAAAGUUGAGGAUGUUGGAGUGGGGAAAAAAAUAAUCUAGUAACUGUGUUGGCAGAGUCCAGGAAGCUGUUUCAUAUUUCUGAGUCAGCGCCUGUAAUGACUAAAUGAUGGAAACCAAUUUAGAAUGUCCUAGACUUUUAUUGCAAGUAAAUGUAAGUGAUAUAGGUGAUUGUGUUCAAAGCUGUGUGCUACAAAAAAUUCAAAGAUAAAAACUUCUGCCCUUGCCACAGACAGUCAUAAAUAUGCCCUACAGAAACAGCAAACAUCUGUUGGUGGAAAAUGCAUUUGUACAAAGUCACAGCUAUGCGUGGCUUCAAAUUUUGUGUUCUUAGAAAGAACCUACUGCCAUGAUGUGACAUUCUCUCAAAACCACAAGAGUGAUUUUUUAUUUGUUUAAGUUUGUUUCUGAUGGGUAGUUAACCCAUCUAGCACAUUUGUUUGCUGUGAAUGGCAUUUUUUCCCAUAUUUAUGUAAGUUAAAUGUUUGUUACAUUAGUUUGUGUGUGUGUGUGUGUGUGUGUGUGUGUGUGUGUGUGUGUGUGUGUACAUAUGAAUUUAUGUCAAUAGGCAAGAUGAGAAUGACACUGAAUGAUUUAAAAAUGUUACUUUUUACUUUUAUGAUUUCACACAUCUGAAAAUUGAACUAAUCAUCAGGUUUCAGUGUGAUGACCUAAAGCUUUUGCACUUUUAUAAUUUGAUUAUCAGGAAAUAUAGUUGUACUGAAUUAAUAAAAAGACAUCUAUAA